CGGGCCCCAGCGUCGUGCGGAGGGAGCCCCGGACGCCGGGACCCCCGGGGUGGGCCGGGACCCGUCCGGAGCAGGAGGAGAUGGUCGCGGCCCGGGUCUGACCUCGCCGGCCCUGGACUAUGCCGCCGGGGAGGCCUCCUGGCAGCGCGGACGCGGCGGGCCGGGCCGGGCGGCAUGGUGGCCACCUACCGGGUGGCCGUGCUGGGGGCGCGAGGCGUGGGCAAGAGUGCCAUCGUGCGCCAGUUCCUCUACAACGAGUUCAGCGAGGCCUGCGCGCCCACCACCGCCCGCCGCCUCUACCUGCCCGCCGUCGUCAUGAACGGCCACGUGCACGACCUGCAGAUCCUCGACUUCCCGCCCAUCGCCGCCUUCCCCGUCAACACCCUGCAGGAGUGGGCGGACGCUUGCUGCCGGGGGCUGCGCAGCGUCCACGCCUACAUUUUGGUCUAUGACAUCUGCUGCUUCGACAGCUUCGAGUACAUCAAGACCAUCCGGCAGCAGAUCCUGGAGACGAGGGUCGUCGGCACCUCGGAGACCCCCAUCAUCAUCGUGGGCAACAAGCGGGACCUGCAGCGGGGCCGGGUGAUCCCGCGCUGGAACGUCUCCCACCUGGUGAAGAAGACCUGGAAGUGCGGCUACGUCGAGUGCUCGGCCAAGUACAACUGGCACAUCCUGCUGCUGUUCAGCGAGCUGCUCAAGAGCGUGGGCUGCGCCCGCUGCAAACACGUGCACGCCGCCCUGCGCUUCCAGGGGGCUCUGCGCCGCAACCGCUGCACCGUCAUGUGACUCUCCCCGCGGGCCCGCCGGGCCGGGCGACGGGCCGGGCCGCGCCCGCUCUGCCAGGUCAGGUCCCGCCCCCACCGUCCC